GGCACAGUAACCAACCAGUUGUUUGAUUGUUAAGAACGAAUCUUUAAAAUGAGUUUAAAAUUUGUCAGUUUCAUCUGUCAUCGGGAUAGGGUUGAAAUCGGUUGCCUAAACUUUUUACUUUUACGUUGGAUUUAAAUAAAUUAUGAAUAGUGUCUGAAUAAAAUUAUAGUAAUGGAUUUACUUGCUACACCAAAUCCGCAUUUCAUACCUGGGUACACAGGAUUUUGUCCACAGUAUAAAUAUAGAAUAGGCGAUACUUACGGUACUACCACUCAUAAAGUACUACUUGAUCCAGCUGUUCACCAUGCUGAAAAAUUAGUAUUAUCUGAUAGAAACGUUGAUGAUUAUAACAUAUUUCGACCACCUUUGAGAGAUAUAGAUUUAGUAAAUGAUAGACAUGGAGAUACAAUUUAUAAACAUCCCAUGUCACCGUUGUAUGAAGGUUUUGUUCCUAGGGAGCAUGGUAAGUUUGGUCAAAGAUUUACAGUACAGGCAACUGAAGCUCUGUCUGAUUUCGAGAAAUCCCAAAUGAUCAAAAGAGAAAACCUUAAUCAGAUUACGAAAAUUGGGUAUCUACAAGACAACAGGUGGGAUCCGAAAACUUUGGAAGAAAAACAAUUGGCCCAAGGUGUUUUCAAGUUACCAUUGAUGGAAGUAAGACCAGAAUGUGCAGGGCUUUUAAGGAAUUUGCCGAUUACAGAGGCUCCUAUUACACCGCCAAGUCAUUCAGCGAGUCCUUAUUUUUGUGAUAAUGAUAGGUCUGACAAAUAUUUAAAAGCAGGAUUCACCGGGCACGUCCCAUUUGGCUACGCCUCGUUCGGUAAACCUAAUGCCGAAAUGACAAACAGCGCCCUCUGCGAUUUUACUUCAAAUUACAGGAAGAGGCUUAGCAACGAAUGGGCACCCGUGCAAGUUGACAGGCCAAGCCCUCCUGUUUUGAUACAACCUACGGAAAUUUACCACAAACACAUGGGACAAAUGCCGAACUAUGGUGGACAUAUACCAGGCUCUAUAUUUAGAUUUGGAAAAACUUAUGGAAAUGAUUCAAGAGACGCGAAGAGAUGGUUACGGGGAGAUUUUUCAUCUUAAAUAUGGGUGUAUUACAUGAAAUUAAAACAAAAUAUGGGUCGUCUUCCUGGAAAAUCAAAUUAUUGGUUUUGCUAAAAAUAGUAUUUUAUUAACAAAAUUAUUAUAAGAUAUCCAGAUCUAGUAUUUCUAAAUGACAAGAGUAAAUAUUUUAUGUGUAAAUAAAAAUGUGAAUUUUAAUCACAGGUUCUUCAAUAUUUCGGCUGCUUCUUCUAAAGUUGAUUGUUUCU